CUCGAUGAGAAAACUACUAGCCGAAAGAGUAGAGUUUUUCUGCUCAAUGAGCGUGAGGCUUAUAGUAAUUGGAUAGUUUCGGUCUUACUUUCAUGCUUAGAAAUGCCUCUCAGAAAUAAAAGUUAAGUGGAUGGUUUAUAUUUGCGUUGUGAACUUAAAGUAUGCGAUUGUCAAAACAUUAGACAAAUGUAAACAUGGCGGCAGACUGUGUGGAGCUGUGUUUAUGUUCACAUAGUGUGGAUAUGCGAGGGUCUUGAGAGAGAAUAACGAGCACAAAAUGCGAGUUCUAAACUCAGCCUGGAUGCUGGGCAAGAAAUGAAUGUCUUUCGAGCCCUCAUUCCUUGUGCGUUGCAGCGUAGUUGCUGGGCGGGAGAUGAUCGCAUGACUGGUAGAAUGGGAGCAUCUGCCUCCAACCUGGCAGCAGAGUCUCAGGGCCAAGUUGGUGCUAUGACUCAAACUGCCAGAUAUUCACCUGCUUUUCAACCUGUUGUUGCACCUUCAGGAACAAGUGAACAACUGUCAGUGGCUGUAAGGGAGAGGAAGAAAAAAGCAACUGGGUUUGCAACACUCAGAAAAAGAUUUAUUCGUCGUCGUCGGUCAUCAAAGGCGUGUGAUCACGGGCGUGUAUUACGUGAGCUGGUUGCUGAAUGGGGACCAAUGGAAGUUGGAGCAUUAUUGGAAGAAUACGAGGCAUUGGCAGCCUUGAAGGACCUAUCAGUGCAAGCAGAGUUGGCAAGACCACCAGCCGCUACUUACAAACAAGAUCUGUCAACGUUAUACGAUUUUAAAUAUUGUACAGAUGCAGAUUUGGUGUUCAGAGGGUUGUGCUUCCCAGUGCAUCGUGCUUUGCUGUCUGCAAGGUGUCCAUAUUUCAGAGACUUGCUUGCUGGCUGUCCAGGAUAUGGAGCACGCAUUUGCCUUGAGCUUAGGACUCCUGGAGUUGAUGUUCAGAUGUUUUCUGCUUUAUUACGAUAUUUAUACACAGGUGACAUCUGUCCUCAUGAUGGUAGUUUGGAUGUUGGUUUGUUACAGAGGCUUGGUGAGGAAUUUGGUAUGCCGAAUCCUCUUGAUCAUGACUUGCGAUAUCUGUUAGAAACGGGUGAUUAUGCUGAUGCUGCUUUGGUUUUUACUUCUGAUGGGGAUUAUCAGAGGCCAGACUCAGGAAGUUCUGAAUAUGGCUUUCGGCCAAAACUAGAACUUCCUUGUCAUAAGGCAAUUCUGAGUGCAAGAUCUCCCUUUUUCCGCAAUUUGAUACAGCGUCGUACCCGCUCUGGAGAGGAGCAUACAGAAAGAGCUCUUCAUAUACCAACAAGAAUAGUGUUGGAUGAAAGUGUAAUACCAAAACGUUAUGCUCGUGUGCUGUUACAUGCUGUUUAUUUGGAUACUGUAGACCUUUCAUUAAUACUAAGAGGCAGUGGUUGUGGAAGCAGUGCAGGAAGUUUGGGAGAGGUGCAAGCCCUGACAAAUACUGGUAGAACACGUCCAAGUCCUUUGGAAGAAGCAAUGGAACUUUAUCAGAUUGGCAGAUUCUUGGAACUGGAUAUACUUUCUCAGGGUUGUGAAGAUUUAAUUUUAGAGUGGCUGACUUUGGAAUCGCUACCAACAGUAUUGAGAUGGGGAAGCCAACCUCAUGGUUCAGCUUGGGUACACCGCCAGGCUCUUCACUUUUUACGAGAGGAGUUUCAGACAGUGGCACAGUCACCUGUAUUACACCAGCUUGAUAAAUCUCACUUGAUUGAUGCUCUGCACAGUCACUUCUUGCAGGCAAGUGAACUGGAAGUUCUGCAGGCUGUCUUGAAAUGGGGAGAACACGAGCUAAUUCGCCGAAUGGAAGAUCGAGAGCCAAAUCUUCUUAGUCAUACAGCCCAUUCAGUGUCAAGGAAAGGUGUAAAGAAACGUGACCUGAGUGAUGUUGAACUUAGAGAAAUUUUGUCAGAUUUGUUGCCACUGGUACGUAUGGACCAUGUACUGCCUCCAAGUAGUGAAGUACUUAGCCAAGCAAUCAGACGUGGCCUUGUAAGCACGCCACCCAGUCACAUGAUAGGAGAUGAAAGAGAGAACUUGCGCCUAAACGCAUGGAUACGAUGUGGGAAGAAUAAUGGACUUUUUGUUCGGCCUCGUCUGUUCAUGCCGUAUUAUGAAGAAAUAAAGGCACAGCUUGAUGAUCAUAUGCUACAGGAGGUAGAAUUACUUCGAAUACGAAGAGCUCGAUAUGCCCCUGACAUUCCUGAUACGCUGUACAUGGUGGAGGAGAAACCUCGACCAAUGGGUGCAGCUGGUGUUGAUGUUCUAGCUGCAGCACUUCCAGAUGCUGCCACCAUGACAGCUAUGUUAAAAAGGGAGCAGAAGUUAAGACAGUCUCCAAGCUGCCAAAGAGCCAUUGCCUUGCCAUUAUCUAAUCGACAAGAAAUCAAUAAACAAUUAAGACUUCGUGUUGUAAGAGAGUUCAACUUGCCAGACGCUGUCUCUGAUUUGCUAGAGACAGCAGCUUGUUAUUGUGCUCAGGAAGAGGAGGAAGAUGUUGCUAUGGACGGAGAACCAGUUAAGGCACCUGUUGGAAAUAAACAGCCAGUUUGCUCUCCUGGGAUACCGCCAAAUUUUGGCCGGAAUAUGACCUUCCCACGUGGUCACACAAGUUAUUCACAGCGCCACGAGUUGCCAGCCAUUGUCACGGAGGGUGAUGCUUAUAGAAGUCACGGAGAGCCUGAAAGCAGUUCAUGCAGCGAUGGGCACUUAUCAGACAUAAUGCCAGAUGUGGCAAUGGCAACAGCGUCCUUUGGCCAACUGCAGUUACAAGAUGGUCAGGAACUGGAGCUUGACCUCGGUGAUGGAGCGAGCCAUUUGGGAUUUGGAGGCCUCAGCACUGUAUCAACUAGGGGUCCGAGCUCUCGUGCUGCAUCUCACAGUGCUGCACCCUACCAUCGCUACCUGUCUGCUGUCGGUCCCAGCCCUCCCCCUCCAUAUCGUCCAUCACCAUCUCUUGGACAUGGACACUCUACAUACCAUUCAGGUCCACCACGCUUCAUAUAGUCCACUGGUAUUCCCUCUUUUAUUAAAGAGGAGUGCCCAAGCUCAUGGGUGCAAAACUUCUUCUGGUGUUACAGCAGGAUCUGAAUUUCACUGGGAAUGUGUGUUGUUAUGUUCAGACAGCUUCAGUGAUGAUGCAUGUAUUGUAUAACAUGCAAGUAGUAAUUUGUAUGUAUAGAUAGCCACUGCUGGAAUCUGGUAGCAAGUUU